CUCGAUUUUCCUCGUCGUUCUCGUGGUCCCCGAACAUAAAGUUGCUCCUGGGGUCUCGAUCAAAGUGGAACGAGCCAAGGUGAAAGAGUGUAGAAUCUUCAUCAUUUGGAACUUGGGUGGAACGAGCGACCCAGCCUCGGUUACGACUAACUGGGGAACGCUUUCCCUCUCGCUCCAACUCCCUUUCUCUCUGUUCUUUCAAUGAUCGGAAUACGUGUCGUCGUUGGCGUCAAUCGGAUUGUGGCAGUGCUCGCAACAGGAAGUGAAUGAGUGACCGUCUCGUUUUCCUCAUGGGUGUGAUUUAAUUGACCGCAAUCAAAUUGCGGAUCACUCAGACCGCCAUCAAAUUCGCUGCCGAUUAGCACUAAGAUCCUCCCUAGCUCCCUCUCUCUUCUGACUCUGGCAACGUUUGUUUGCGUCUUCGAGGAUUAUCUUGAUGAAACGUGGAUGAUGAGCUUGGCAAUGAGCACGAUUGUCUUUCUUCACUGACACAAGCCACCAAUCCAGGCCCACCCGAACAAAAGAGCGAUCAUCACCCAUUGUGUUUGUGUGGAUCUUGUGCUCUUUCCAGGAAGAAAUAAAAUUUCCUCUCGAGUUCCAAGCACUCGCCCAGGAAAUGGGGUCUUGAUGCGGAACAACGACCGUGAUGAGGUCAUUUUACAGAGUCAACACGUGCUUCGUUCAUGGUCUUGAAAACCUCAACCAACCACCACUAAACUUUCCAUGUCUCCAAGAUUGAGUGCAGAUUGAGUGACGUGCUUCAGCAUUCCGGUUUUGACCGUCUCUCUUGCCUCAUGUCUCAACUUCGGGAUUGUUGGGUCGAUUCGGACGAGCAAUCCGAAGUCCGUCAAGCUCUUAAGAUGCAUUUGGAGCGGAACCAGGAUGAUCCGACCAACGGUACACAUCCGGGAUAUGAAUCUGUUAAUGGUCCUUGGCAAAUAACAAGCACCAGCUCAAAAGACGGGGGUCCCAGAUUUCCCGAAGGUUACCAACCUAUUCGAACAUCCGGAACUUUGGUCAGGACCGAGGAACUCGCCAUAGUGAUGGUCGUUCUAUUGUUAUGGGUGGCGGCAAUCGCUCUUUUCAUCAACCGUUGGGGCAAGAUCCGCCUCAUGGAGCCCUAUAAUCCUUACUUUGAGCCGGUGUCGACCCUGGACGUGAAUAACUCAAUCAAUAACGAUGAAGAUGUAUCGUUAAUGCACCACCCUCGGGCUAGCCUCACCGUGAUCUCCAGCGAAUUCGGCCACCGACGACACAGCAAUCUCAGCAACUUCCACUUCCAGUUCCAAGGCUCCUCAGACCGGAAAUUGAGCGUUUACCAAGGAGGUGGGACACGAGGCAGCUCGCAUUAUCCGAUCCGAAGACCAAGCUUCCUUGUUCCAGAUUACGUACCUAGCCAACAACCAUCACCCGGCCCCAACAGCCUUGGAUUGGCAGAUUUGGCUGGGGGCCUUAUGGUGCCAAGUCUAUCUCGGAGUCGUCGGACGAGCAUGUGUUCGACGGCCGAGUAUCUCCUCAAGAAGCCACUUGAAUCCCGUCGAUCAUCCUCAUUGUGCGGCGCCAAUGCCAUGCAAUAUCCGUCAGGGAAUUCACUUCACGUCCCAGGAAGCAUUCCAAGGUUUCAGUUUUCUCAGCCCUCUCCCACAUCGCCCGGGAGUCGGUCGAUUCUGAGCAUGGUGUCCAGGCUACAAAAGUCCCCGUCCAGCUCAUUUUCUAUUGAAGAAGAUAAUGCAAACAUUGACCUCGAAGAGGGGCAAAAUAACGUCCAGUCAAGCCAAACUAGUCCAUUUGUCAAGGUCCUUCUGGAGAACGAGUUAUCUCCGGAGAAGGUCAGGAGAGAAACCAAGACGACCCAGGAGAGAGUGAGUGAUUGUCCGGUCAAUACUUCCGAUUACGGGAAAUCCAGGCCGUAUUGCUUUCAACAGGAGUUCAUGGGUCCAAGCACGGCCUUCAAGGCAAGUGAUAACCACCGUCCAGAAGUCCGCUUUCCGACAAAGACCAGUGAAUCAUGUUGGACCGGUUCCACUUGUAGUUCCAAGCAAUCAGAUGUCUAAAUGUGACCCAAAAUAUGUCACGUGUUCCAAUUACUUAUCAAUCCAUGCUAAGUACACCUCUAAGAGAUGGAAAUAAAAUGCGGGGUAGGUCUUCAGAAUAUUAAGAAGAAGAUCAUGCUUUCGCAACUAU